GUCAGCCAUCUGCCGCAGUCAGCUAGCUCCAGCGGGAAUGGAAAAUGGAGGAUUGACCGACCAGCGAGGGCAUAUCAUCGGUAUUUAGUGUACAGAGAUUAUUCUACUGUGUACCAAGACCAAUGACAACUGCUGCAGCAACUUGGUUGUGUUUUGAAAAGCACUCUGUUACUCAUCACUGCUGACCUGCAGAUAUUCAGUUUGAAAGUAGUGAUUGACUCCAUCAUCUAUGGAGGAGACUGUGAGCCCUGUGCUCUCUCUAGCCCCUGAGCCAGAGCAAAGCCAGGAACAUAUGGAUAGCUGCUGUCAAGGUUUUGUAGGAGAAUACAGCCAGCAGAAAGAACCUGAAAAUGAGGAUGUAUCCAGUGAAGAAAUAGCUGAGCUAGAAAAAUCUUCCAAGGGCAGUGUAGUAAAAAAGACUUGGGGUUUCCGACAGUCCACCGUUGCAAAGAGAGAAAUGCCAGUGGAGGCAGCUGUUGACAGCCCUGAGAACCGCUGCCCUGUCCGUCGCAGUGGCAGGCAGUCCAAGCGCACUGACAAACUAGAGGAGUUUCUUUUAAAUGCCAAGAGAGGUUCAAGAAGGAGUGCCCCACCCAGCGUGGAAAGCGGAGAUCCUCCUUCCCAAACCCCAACUGAUGCAGAGACCGCGUCAGAAGCCAGCUUUGAUGGAAGCGCUGACACCAAGGCAGCAGAAGACAAGGUAGAGUCUCCAGAGAGGAGGACGAGAAGCGGCACAAGGAAGCCAACCCAACGUAAAACUCAAGGUGGCAGACAGACCCGAGGAGGCAGUGGAGUAGCAGUCAAAGAUGAGGGAAGUUCUGAGAAUGAGGAAGAUAACAAAGACCAUUUACCAGAGAAAAAAGACCCUGAAGAUGUAGGGAGUAGAAACACUGCACAGCCUCAGCCAGAGCAGGUCUCUGAGAUGACAGGGGGCAAUGAGCAGACAAAAGACAUUGGAGAAAAUGAUGUCAAAGAGAAAACGGAGAAAGACACUGCUAAAGAGACUGUUGUGGACAGUGCAGAAAAGCCUUCAAUGGCAGUUAAACGAGGACCAAUACGAACUUACAUCAACAAAAAGAGGGCUGUAAAUAAGAACAAUACAGCAGUUAAAGCUCCUCCUCCUGCCAACAAAAACACCACUUAUUCCAAGAGGGAGGUAAAACCUAAAAGUUCUCCAGCUGUAGGGAAAGCACAGAAGCACCAGGCACAAGAGGAUGAAGAUGAGGACUCUUCAACAUCAUCGUCCUCAUCAUCCAUUGAGUCUGAUGAUGGAGGUUAUGACCCCAAUGCCUUGUACUGCAUUUGCCGCCAGAAACACAACAAAAGGUUCAUGAUCUGCUGUGACCGCUGCGAGGAGUGGUUCCAUGGAGAUUGUGUGGGCAUCACUGAGGCCCGGGGGCGCCUGAUGGAGAGAAAUGGGGAAGACUACAUCUGCCCCAACUGCACUGCUAAGAAAAACCAGGUGGUCAGACCUGCCACAUCAAACCUCUAUCCAGAGAUCGGGAGGCCCAAAGCUGGUUUUCCACCGCCCGUUUCUGCUUCGACUCCCACUGCAUCUGAUGAGAAAUCUAACACUAGUGGAGUAGAAGUCAGUCUGUCAGCGAGUCAGGCUGAAGCAGUACCUCAAUCUUCAACAUCUGCAACUGAGGAGAAGAUAGUCGAGGACCAGGGCAUCAAAGGCAGGAUAGAGAAAGCUACUAAUCCAACUGGGAAGAAGAAGAUAAAAAUAUUUCAGCCGGCUGUACAGCAGCCAGUCGAACCAAAGGCAGACCAGAAAUCAGCCCCCGGGGUGGAAAACAAAGCAGCAGCCACAACAGAGCAGAAAGAACCAUCAGACACGGAGCAGAAAGUGGCGUCAAACGUGGAGGUUAAAACAACAUCAACAGCUGAGGAUCCAGAGGAGGAGGCUGGGCAGAGGGCUGAGGAGGAUUCUUCCCUUCCCAAAUGCAUCGGGCCUGGCUGUGAGAAUAACGCUCAGCCAGACUCGGUGUACUGUGGCAACGACUGCAUCCUGAGACAUGCUGCUGCUGCCAUGAAGUCCAUCACUGAUGUCAAGGAGCCUAAGUCGAAGGAAAAGGCCAAGGGUGCGAAAUCCAAGUCCACACCAAAGAAGAGCGGCGCUGGUGGAAAGAAGGCGCAGAAAAAGAGCCAAGAGGAGUCGGACAGCGAGGAAGAUCACACCACUGAUCCAGAUGAGGAUGAUGAAGAUGAGCAUGCUGUGGAACAUCCACCCCCGCCGGCAACUGCAUCCUGGUCCAGCGACCAUAAUUACAUUGCAGUAACACCAGAAAAGACUACACCCAUAUCUCCAACAGUGUUAAACAAAAAGUCAUCCCCCAAAGAAGACAAGCAGGGUGAGAAGGAACAGAAUGAAAAGGAACCAGCCUCAACUCCUGAGAAACCUCAGCCAGAGUCAAAGUCAACACCAGCCAAACGAAACAAGAAGACCCCAACCACUAAAGCAGCUAAGGUUUCCCCUAAGGGCAAAAAGACCUCUUCUCAGGCUACAACACCUAAGGCAUCCAAGAGACCUGUAACACCACCGAGUAAGACUUCGACAAGGUCAAAGAAACCAGGCACCUCUUCUGCCCCUGCUCCAUCUCCAUUCCCACCAGGUCCGAUCCAUGUCACUGGAGCGUUGAGAGUCACCAAGACCAACUUUACCAUUCCCAAGAAGCAGCCACAGCAAAAGGAUGCUUCAUCCCAUACCCAGCCGUUAUCAUCCCCCAGAGUCCCAUCCUCUCCAGUUUCUUCAGGUCCCUCCCAUCACUCCUCCUCGUCCAAACCUCCACACCCAGCUGCUUCAGCGCCCCCUGUGUCUCCAAUGCCACCUCCACCCAACAACCAGAUGAGGCAGAACAUCCGCCGCUCACUGACUGACAUCCUCUUUAAGAGGGUGAGCGACAGUGACGAUCUGAAAAUGACUGAAAGUGAGGUGGGAAGACUUGCAGUUGCCGUAGAAAAAGAAAUGUUCAACCUUUGCCUUAGCACUGACAGCAAGUACAAGAACAAAUACAGGUCCCUGAUGUUCAACCUGAAAGAUCCUAAAAACAAAGGCUUGUUCUACAGGGUGAUUGGUGGUGAGGUUAGUCCCUUCAGACUGGUGAGGCUAAGUGCUGAAGAGCUGCUAUCUAAGGAGAUAUCUGAGUGGAGGAAGCCUGAUGCUCCACAGGCCCAUUCUCAAAGCUCCAGAGGUCAUGCAGGACGUCAUAAACUGGGCAACAGGCACGACUCGGGCUCACAUAGCAUGGACAUUGAGGAUGCUCCUCCAACAUCUGAUGCAGAUGUAUGUAUCUCUACCGCCACUUCAUCUACUCGCAUGGCUUCUGCUGCAGACCAAGAGGAGUUGGGCUCCAAUCCUGCGGCUGGGUCUCAGGCCUCUGUUGUGGAGGGAAACAGUGGCAGCAGCAUGCCAGACGUUUUCAGUAAUAUGCUGAAAGAUACCACUUCUGAGCACAGGACUCAUCUGUUUGACCUGAACUGUAAAAUCUGCACAGGUCAGAAGACAGAAGAUGAGCCUGCAGCUAAAAAGGCCAAGCUGACAAAGAAACCAGAGCCCAAGUUGUCCAGAUCAGGGGAUGCCUCUCCUGCCAGCCAGUCACAGGUCCCAGCAGCUUACCAGCACCAAGAACCCUCAGCCUACCAACACCCUACCCCUCCAUCCUACCAGUCCAAUGUGGAGCCAUCUGUCCCUGAAUCACAGCAACAACUUUAUCAGGAGGAGCUCCCACCCAAGGUUCCUGCAACCAUUGUCCCCAGUGUGUCGUCAGUCACCAUCACACGUAGGGACCCACGCAUGGCCCGUCACAGCUCUGGCGUUACUGUAACCUACACUGCUCCAGAAAAAACUGCGAGCACAGCAGAACCACUCCCAGCUUCUGUUACUGCUUCUGUGGAGGUUGUACCCAAGACGUCAUUGCCAAUGCCCCCAGCUCCACCACCCUCAGCAGCUGUGACCAAAUCUGCAAAAACCAGUACAUCAGAGCCUCCCCCUGAGGGCGAGACUGCGAUCUUUCUCCACAGUCAAGAGAAGAUCUGGAAGGGAUUUAUCAACAUGCAGGCUGUGGCUAAGUUUGUGACCAAGGCCUAUCUGGUGUCAGGAUCCUUUGAACACCUAAAAGAGGAUUUGCCAGACACUAUUCAUGUUGGUGGUCGCAUAUCUCCAAACACAGUGUGGGACUAUGUUGGAAAACUGAAAACGUCCCUUUCCAAGGAACUGUGUCUGAUCCGUUUCCACCCAGCCACAGAAGAAGAGGAGGUGGCAUAUGUCUCUCUUUUUUCUUACUUUAGCAGCAGGAAAAGAUUUGGCGUGGUCGCUAACAACAACCGUCGCAUCAAAGACCUCUAUCUCAUCCCACUUGGCUCGAAGGAUCCAUUACCCUCCAAACUAUUACCGUUUGAUGGGCCAGGGCUUGAACCAGCUCGUCCAAACCUCCUCUUGGGUUUGCUGAUCUGCCAGAAAGACCGAAAACGUGCUGGUGCCCCUCUGGAAACAGAAGAAAAACGGUCCAAAACUCAAACCAAAGAUGCUGAGGACACUCUUCAGAAGCUUUCUCCUGCAGUCAGAGCAGACAGAAGCACUCGACAGAGCCUUGAAAUCCCCUUUAGCACAACUCCUCCAGGGUCUCCUCCAGCCAGUUCCUCUGAGACCUCAAACAGCACUGUGACUGCCUCUUCCGUCCUCUCCCUGUUUUCCACUGUCAAAGCUCCAGCUACAUCCUCUACUACUGGCAAGGACUCUCCACCCCAACCCAGCUCUUCCUCUGGAGCAGCUGCCACUCCCCUUCAAACCAUCCUCAACACACUUUUUGCAAAGAAAAAGCAUGACUCAGCUUCUAACUCUCCCUCUGAUCACGGAGGGGAACUCACUGUCCCACACACUACAAUGUUAGACCCCAUUGUCCGGCAGUAUGCACAAAGUUCAAAAGAAGAACAGGUAGAAGAGGAUGAAGACGACCGACCUUAUGAUCCAGAAGAAGAGUAUGACCCCAGUAGGAGCUACAGUGUGGCUAAAAAGCCUGUUGUAGUGGAUAGCAAACCUGAUAUCUCUAAGAAGCCAGAUGUGGAUGAGAAUGCUGGUGAUGAUGUGGCAUAUGACCCAGAGGAUGACUCAUUAUUUGAAGAUGUCAAAACUGUGGUUCCAAGCCAGGCCACAUCUGAAUCUAUAGCAGAUCCACAGAAGAUCUUGGAGAACCUCAAAAAGUUUGGUGAUCAGGCACUUCAGAAACAGGGAGAGCAGCAGACCAUAUCAACAGUGACGCCUGGAGCCUCAUUGACACUUCCAACCACACUCCUAGCUCAACCUACCAAAUCCCUUUUGGCCAACACUCAGCUAAUGCAGCUUGGCAAAAAAGUUGAGGAGCUAGUUAAGUCGUCAUCAGUUGCUCCCUUGAUCAACCAGAGGAGAGAUCCCAGACAGAGCAGGGAUCCUCGACAGGCUGUGGCUGACAGGAGACAGAGUGAUGAGACUGAAGAGAAAGAGGAGACAUCUGCUCCAUCGGUGGAUUCUACAUCUUCAACACAGCCUGCAGUACAAGAGCCUCAGCCGUCUAAUGUAGUUGAACUCCCAGACUCCUCACAAGGCUCGGAGGCAGCAUUGCCUGAAGAGGAAGUAGAAAAUGAGAUGCUACCCUUCAUGGAGUCCAACAAGUCAGAGGUGUCUAUUCCUUUGUUAGGGGAGGAGGUUGAACCUGAUAUGGAGGUCAACUACAUGGAUGACAGAGAAGUGGAAAGUAAGGAGGCUGAGCCAGUAAAGGUAGAAAAAGAAGUGGAUAAGUUCAGUAUUUGGCCAAAUGCUGCCAGUAUUUUGAGAGCUACAGAAGACUCUGACUAUGAUGAGAACAGCCAAGAUACACCACCCUCAAGUUAUUAUAACGAGCCCCCAAACACCACUACAAUAACCUCCACAAUUCCAGUACUUACCCAGAGCACAGCACUGGUUGAUACUCAGCCCCAUCAUGUGCCACAUCACAUGUCAGCAUCAGGCUUCAACAAUGAGUACAGACCUCCUUCUGAUAUUCCACCACCAUCCAACUUUCCCCCACCCCACAUGAUGCAGGGACAGAACCUAACAAUGAGGCCUCCACCUAUGUCAAUGCCACCACCAAUGCAGGGUAUUCCUCCGAUAUCAGGACCACCCCCCAUGCAGGGGCCCCCUCCACCCAUCCAUGUCCCUCCUCCAGUGCGUGGCCCUCCCCCCAUGCAAGGUGGCAACACACAGCAGUAUGGCCCACCUCCAGCUACGUACCCUCCAUAUCAGAACCAGUGGGCAGGCACCCAAACACAACCACCACAGCAGCAGCCCCCACCUGGACCAGUUCCACAGAAUAUUAUACCACCCAGAGGACCACCACCACCAUUUCCUCCAAUGGCCCAGAGAGCUCCUGCUCCUCAAAUGUUUGAUCCCUCCAUUCCCCCUCAACACAUGGUACAGCAGGGCCCCCCACCAGGCCUCCCCCCACCUCCUGCUUUUGAUGGACAGGCCAGUUUACCUCCUCCAAGAUUUACUGGACCUCCAUUACCGUUUAAUUUCUCUGCAAACAGAGGCCCUCCUCCAACUUUUGCAGGGCCACCUCCUGGUCACUUUGAUAACAGACUCCCUCCUCCGUCCCACUUCCCAGGGCCAAGGGGUCCCCCACCAACUCAGUAUGGUGACCAUGGGGCUCAGCCCCCUAUGGCAGACCCACCUCGAGGCCCUCCUGAACAGUAUAAUAAAGACAAUUCUAACUCUUUCAAUUUAAACGUGGAUCAGAAACCAAACCCUCUUCAUAUGUACAAAGACAAUCAGGGUCCCCCACCAGGUCAAGCAUUCCGAGGACCUCCACCUAACCAGUAUGAGGACAGAAGAGGUCCACCUUCCAGUAGUGAGAUGAGUGGACAGCGCUUCAGUCCACAUAACCAGUAUGGGAGCUCCAGAACACACUCCCCUCCUCAUCGUGGAUCUUUUGAUGAGCCAAGAGGUCCUCCCCCUCAUGAGAGUAGACCCCAUCCAUCUCAACGCUUUGGAGGAUCAGAGCGGUACCGCUUUGAUAGGCACUCUGAUGAGCCAAGGCCUAUUCGCCACAGUGGUCCGCUGCUUCCAACUCCUUCAGACUCUCCUUUACCCCCUCCAAGUCGUAUGGGAGCCCACAGUCCAGACCUGCACAGGGAUGAACACCGGCGCCGCCACUCCCCUGAAAUAAGGAGGAGAAGCAGCACCACUCGUGAGGACUCAGAACCUCGUGGUGGAGAGCGUUUUAGUCGCUUUGAAGUGGGGCACCGGGAACCGCCAGGUCCUUCACAACUCCCUGAGGAGAGACCAAGGGAAGUGUCAGAGGACCGGCGGCGGGACAGAGAGCGAGAAGUCCCUCACCCUGGCAGGCCAUCUUGGGACAGAAACCAGGGCAAGCGGUGGAGCAGAGAGCAAGAAAGAGAGUGGGACAGAGGCAAAGAAAGGGACCGUGAACGGGAGCGUAGCCGGGAAAGAGAGCGCAGCAGAGGGAGGGAGAGUGAGAGGCACAGGGAGACAGACGGAGAGCGACAUAGAGAUCAAGACUCUGAUAAGAGGAGAGACCGGGAGAGAGACAGGGAAAGAGAUAGAACUAGGGAUUCUGACAGGAGGGACCACGACCGGGAUAGAGCUAGAAAUCGCGACCGGGACAGAGAGCGUGAUCGUGAUAGAGAACGGGACAGGAGACGGGACAGAUCCAGAAGCAGGGAGCGUGACAGGGACAGAGACCGUGGGAAAGAUCGGGGUCGAGAUAGAGACAGGGACAGAGACAGAGACAGGGACAGGGAUCGCCGUGAAAGAAGCCGGAGUAGAGAAAAGAGAGAGGAGAAAAAGGACAGCAAACAUGACACACCCAAGGAGAGCGUUAAAGCUGCAGAGAAUGACAAGAACAUGUCCUAGUCUCUGUUUUAUGGACACUACAUAAUGGUUGAGAGACACUCAACAGUGUAUAUGAAGAUGGACAGUGUUAAGUUCAACAGCUGUACUUUUUCUAUCAAAAAGUUUGACAUUUGUAUUGUUUUUGUCACUCAAUAGUUCUUUUACCAUGUUUAAAAAAGACGGACACCUAAGGACAAACAUUUAUGUAGGAGGUUACGACCUAUAACAUGUAAGUUUCUUCAGUCAAAUCUUUUUUUAAGAGAACAAUAACUGAUUAACACCUUUUCAGUAUGUAAAUAUGAAUGUACUUGUGUAUAUACUGAUGUUUUUAAUCAUACUUUUCUAAGUAGAGAAAUCAUAAGCCAUAUAUGGAUAAUGUGAAAGUUAAACAAACACUGUUUACACACAGAAGUGUGUUUAAAUGCCCAGCAGGUUUGAACUUACAGGCUCCACUUGUCAACAGUCAACACCACAUCUAUGGUUGUUAAUAAA